UGAUAUUAUUGUACUAACAUCCUCUAUAAUUUCCCCUUUCCACCCUCUGCAAAUUCUUCGAAGAAAUGAAGAAGGAACAUGGUGGAACAAGGAAUCGACAGUGACUGUGUGUAGCAAGAGCUCAACAGAACAACCAAAACCACUGAAUUUGGAAUGCUUUGUAGGACUAGAUACGCUGUUCUUUCUCAUGUUCUCAAGCCUUCUGCAUCUUUUCUCCACUCUUCAUCUUCCCGCAAAACUCACCCUAAUGUCACAAACCCUGAAACAACUUCUUCAAAUUCCACAAAACCCACUUCGCCCCUUGCUCCAUGUUCACGUCUUUCACGCAAAACAACCCCUCCUUCAAGUGUUUCUUCCCUUUACUCUCUGCUUUCUGACCUUGUCUCUCUCCCAGGUGACACUGCCAUUGAUCAUGUUUUGGAUCGUUACAAGGGUGAUUUGAGCUCCAACUUUGUUCUUCGGGUCUUGAUGAGUUACCAGCACUUGGGCAGAGCCAAAACCUUGAAUUUCUUCUCAUGGGCAGGGACCCAGAUGGGGUUUCAGUUUGAUGACUCUGUGGUUGAGUAUAUGGCUGAUUUCUUGGGUAGGAGGAAGCUUUUUGAUGAUAUGAAGUGUUUGUUGAUGACUGUGGCAUCUCAAAAGGGUAAAGUUUCUCCUAAGGCAAUGUCAAUUUGUAUUAGAUUUUUGGGUAGGCAUGGUAGGAUUCAUGAAGCACUGUCAUUGUUUGAGGAAAUGGAAACUGUGUUUGGGUGUAAGCCUGAUAACCUUGUGUUUAACAAUGUGCUUUAUGUGCUCUGCAAGAAGCAGUCAUCUGAGGAGACGAUUGAGCUUGCGCUUAGGAUUUUCCACAAGAUGGAAUCUCCUGAUACAUAUUCCUGUAGUAACACUAUUGUUGGUUUGUGUAGACUUGGUAGAUUAGAGGCAGCUCUUGAAAUUUUCAGCCAAAUGAACAAGAUUGGUGUGUUACCAACUCGUUCUGCGGUGAACAUGCUUAUUGGGGAGCUGUGCUCAUUGAGUGAAAAAAAAGGGUCUGUUGAGAAGGUAAGAGUGAGGAAUACCCGUAGACCGUGUACUAUAUUAGUUCCUAAUAUGGGAGGAAAUAGUGGUGCAAUUCAGCCUGCUGUUGAAGUGUUUUGGGCAGUUUUUAAUUCUGGCUUAUUGCCAAGUACUUUUGUUGUAGUCAAGCUUAUGUCAGAGCUUUGUCGCUUAGGUCAGACAGAGGAAGCUGUAAAAUUGUUGAGGAUUGUUGAGGAAAGGAAGCUAACAUGUGUUGAAGAGGGAUAUGCUAUUGUUAUGAAGGCAUUGUGUGAUCACUGUCAAGUUGAGGAAGCUAGUAAUCUGUUUGGGAGAAUGUUAGCAUGUGGCUUGAAGCCAAAGUUGGGUGUUUACAAUUCUGUUAUAUCCAUGCUAUGUACAUUGGGAAAUUUGGACCAUGCUAUGGGGGUCUUUGAACUCAUGAACAAGAAAAGAUGCCUUCCUGAUAAUUUAACCUACACUGCUUUGAUCCAUGCUCAUGGUAAGGUUAAGAACUGGAAAGUUGCUUAUGACUUGUUAAUGGAAAUGUUGGGUUUGGGCUGGAUUCCAGAGCUUCAGACUUACAAUUUAGUGGACAAUCUUUUGAGAGAACACGAUCGCUCGGAUCUAUGCCUCAAACUGGAAAGGAAAUUGGAGAACCAUCAGUUGCAGAAGCUGUGCAAGCUAGGUCAACUAGAUGCUGCUUAUGAGAAAGCAAAAUCAAUGCUGGAAAAGGGUAUUCAUUUAUCAGCUUAUGCUAGAGACACAUUUGAGCAUGUGUUCCAGAAGAACGGCAAGUUAAAAAUAGCACGUCAGUUACUGGAAACGACUCGGAGAGUUCAGGAGCCUGAGGAAACUAACAGAACUUGACUAGUUAUUAGCCAAAAAAUAUAUAUUCCUAUAUUGUUGGAACAAUUUUGGAUUUUAUAGUUGACACUUUUUAAUAAUUUAAUACAAUUCUUUUCUAAAUUGUACUCUGAAGUCUUACAUUGUCCAGUACAGAACAUUCUAAAGUCUUCUGUGUUUACUAAAGUACUUUAAAGUUUAGCUAAAUGACAGAAAGUUCAUAAACCUAUAAUUCUAGAUCCUUUUCCAUGCAAGCUUACAUUAUUCCAACUUAGUUUGCUCCCCAAUUUGUCACUUGCACAAUGAUGUCUGUUAUAAUACUAAACUGCAAUUAAGUUCUGA